UCAGGCAACACACUGUUCGCUAGUUUUGAAGAAGAACUAAACUAAGCGAAAUGACAGAAACAACGAAAGGGAGAAAUGUCUAAUCAAUCUAAUCUUACAGUUAGCGUCAUAUUAAUCAUGUUUGGUGUGUGUCAUAUAUACGGUACUGAUGGUGUCGCUCGAUAAAAUGUCACUUUAUAUAGACGAAUGGUCAGUGAUGACAUUUGGCGCGCCGUUGUAGUAAGAGCGAGCUCAACCUGUCCAGUUCAUCACAUCAGAGUGAUUUCACGGUUUUCAGUUUCAGGAUGAUGGACAACAAAUACAUCUUUCAAAUGUCUGGCAUCAAGAACCAUUCCCAGAAAAGACAGUUACUCCACGGCAUCAGAAAGCUGGGGGGCAUAUAUUUGGGGGGCUCUCAUGUUUGCUCAGAGUUAAACUGGUCCUGUAAUUUGGAGUCCUUCAGUGAAGCAGAGAGCGGGGAAAUGGCCAUCGAUGCUGCUGCAGUCACUGACUCUAUGGAUGUUACCGAUGACCUUUCACAAAAAGAAUUGGAGGAAAUGCUCAAAGAAUACAUCACAAGAAUGGAGCAACGGAAGAAAAUGCUUUUGACAGUCCCAGAGUUCUACAGCUACUACACACCCAUCCUGCCAGUUCAGUUUCCAGCGGUAGAUUUCAGCAAUAUGCAGAGCUUGGUAGAGUGUGCCUUCUUCCCUCAAGCUCUGGAGGAGAUUCUGGGGUCCCUGCAGCCUGGGGUGAUGCCCCCAGCUCCGCUGCUCCAACAGCUAAUGCACCACGCACUGCAUGGUGAUGCAAAGCCGUUGUACCUCAGCAUGUUUAUCACAGUUCUCCACAGUAUCCUGCGCAACAAUCCUACCUGGGGUUCUCCUGGACACACUAAGUACUUUCUUCAAAUCCUCCAGUGUCCUGAAUGUAAGGGCGGCCUCUGGUCACUUCUUGAGACAUCAGUUCGAAUGUGUCUUGCAAGCGAACCCACCUGUCACUCACUGCCAAGCCCACCAUCCACUGAGUUGUUUCGUCUCCAUUGUAACCUGCAGGAGUUCUUCCUGAGACUCUUUCAGCUGGAGCUUCACGCUGCUAGCUCAGGGUGGUCACCCGGAAGCAGCCGGGCGUCUGUUCUGUACAGUACCUUCUGGAACAUGUGGGAGAAGUCCACUCUGACCUCCAGGGCAGUUCAGCAACUCAGCAAGCUGCUGAUCAAGACUGUACUCUGGGCUUUCAACUCCACUCAGGAGUGGAGGCUGGGAAUGUCGGUCACUCUGCAGGAGACUCUGUGUGUAGUGGUGGAGUUCUGGGCUCAGGAACACAGUCCGCUCAACGGCAGUCUGGUGGAGAAAGGCUUUAAAGACCUGGCAGAACACAUUGCCAUACUGUGCCAAGACCUACCCUGUGACAUGCUGAAGGAAGUGAUUCCAGCCCUUCGCUCUGCAAGACUCCGGAUGUUCACUGCCGACGCCAUCUAUAGAAACAUCUGCUGCAGCAGGGGCCUGAUCCUGAGCUCUGAACCACUCUGCCUGCUCAAAAUUGUCUCAACCUACCUCAGAGCUCUGGGGAUCUUGUGUGAUCGAGAACCAGUCCAGACCCUGAAGGGACAGACUGACAGAAUAGAGAUGAAUCAACCCUCUACUAGUUGUGCCGCCCAUGUGCCAGGCUCAGAAGCUGUGAAAGACUCAGCAGGCGGCUCAGAUUCAGGGCGAGAGACUGUCCCAAGAGGUUACCACAGAGUCAAUGCUGCAGGCGAGACACUCCUUCAUCGAGCCUGCAAGAGGAACCAGGUGGAGACGUUGCUUCGUAUCCUCAGCGUGCCUGGAACGGACGUCAACAUUAAAGAUCACGCUGGUUGGACGCCCCUUCAUGAAGCCUGUAACCAUGGCAGCACAGAGUGUGUGAAGGCCCUGCUCCAGCACUGCCCCAACCUGCAGCUGGGCAGCCAGGUCCAGGGAGUCAGUCCGCUACACGAUGCUCUGCUGAACCAACACACGCACAUCGCCGAGAUGCUGCUGAGGCGCGGCGGCUCUCCUCUACUAAAGCUGUGUGACAAUCAAGGCCAGACCCCUCUGGACCUUGUGUCUUCUGAGGCCCUACGUGAUGAGCUCCUUCGUUGUGCAGAAGAAGGUGACAAAGCUCUGGACGCUCCCUGCUCUGAGGUUCGGGAUCUGCCCUUCAUAGAGUCCUGCUCAUGGGUGCUCAGCUGCCUGUUCCUCUCUUACCUCCAAGAGCGACACAUACCUACCUACAAAUCCCCCCUUACACCUCUCCACCUUAGUCCCACUGUAUGCUGCACCCUCAUCCGCCUCCGUCCAGAUGAGCUAGCCUCCACCUGGGGAGAUUUCCGUGCCGUGACCCUGGCUGAGGACCUGAGGACUGUGUUGAGUUUGGAACAGUAUGGGUCACAAAUGAGCCCCGCAUUGAGAUGCUGUCAUGGGGAUCAAACCAGACUGUUCGUGCAGCUGCUGGAUGAUCUGCAGGCAGAGGGGGCGGCACUGAUCACUGGACGAUCUGAUUUUGACUAUUUCUAAAAGAGUCUAUAAAGGACCAAGAAAAAAAUGGGCAUCUAUCUGUAGAGACAGUGGUAAAGCUCUGGCUUUUGGUAAACUACUAGUAAAACAUGUUUCCUGGUGUGAUUAGUGAGUUUUGAAUGGAUACAAAUAAUUAAUAUCACCCUGACAGCGUACCGCUCAUGCUUUAGUGAUUGUGCACUUUGUUGUUUGUUGGUUGUUAAUAUUCAAAUCUGGGGAUUAUUUGAUUUUUAUAUGCGCAAAUUUUUUUUCUAUAAAACACUAGAAAUAAUAUUUGAAUGUAAUUUUUACAGUAGGCUAAAUA